AAGGCAAUAGACAUAUUGUCGAGGUACGUCUGAAGAUGCUUCUGCUCCCUCUUUGUUGGCCUUGAGCCCGUUACACCUCUUCUUCUCCCUUCGUUUUCUGGCAUUUCGUCUUUGGACGAGUUGUGGACUCUGUUUCCGCUGUCGCCUGCCACUCGACUCUCGCAAGGCGCAAUCGCGAAAUCGACAGCGUCUUUCGAGAGUAAUCGAGGGGGCGCACUAGAAGGGGUCAGAGUCUUUUGGCAGGGUCGAACGGAGUGCGAGCGAGCCCGUCGAGCCUGUAACAUUGCUUCGCCGGAUGCUCAAUCGUUGCCGCCACCCACCAAAGCCAUCGACAUCCAACUCUGCCAGAAACGAAGGGGCGAAGAAGAGGAGCAUCGAGGGAGACGGACAGCAAUCUUUGCUAUCCACCCAAACCUUCAAGACAUUUGAUUCUAACAUUCCGUGACAAGUAGGCAAUCAUGCAGAUCUUCGUCAAGACCCUGACGGGCAAGACUAUCACCCUUGAGGUGGAGUCGUCCGACACCAUCGACAAUGUCAAGUCCAAGAUCCAGGACAAGGAGGGCAUUCCCCCCGACCAGCAGCGCCUGAUCUUCGCCGGAAAGCAGCUCGAGGACGGCCGCACCCUCUCCGACUACAACAUCCAGAAGGAGUCCACCCUCCACCUGGUCCUGCGCCUGCGUGGUGGUAUGGCCAAGAAGCGCAAGAAGAAGGUCUACACCACCCCCAAGAAGAUCAAGCACAAGCGCAAGAAGACCAAGUUGGCUGUCCUCAAGUACUACAAGGUCGACUCUGACGGCAAGAUCGAGCGCCUCCGCCGCGAGUGCCCCUCCGACACCUGCGGUGCCGGUGUUUUCAUGGCCGCCAUGAACGACCGCCAGUACUGCGGCCGCUGCCACCUCACCUACGUCUUCGACAAGAAGGAGUAA